UGUAGUGGAAUGCAAAAAUGGGGCUUCUUGACGUUGACGUCGUUAUCGAGAAAAUGCGAGAUAUUUGACGCCAUUUUUUCCUCGUUAUAUUUCCACGAAUCUGCCAGUAAAAAUAGCGUUUAAAUAUAUAAUAAAUGACUUGUCAGGUAAUGGGAGGCUGUAUCGUACAGAGUAAUCAAUUGCAACACUAAUUUGCUACCGUUCAUCCUAUGACAGUAAAUUAAAAAUCACGAGGAAAGAUUUUUACGAGGACCACUGAUUACGUCAUCUGACAUUGAUUGUUGAUAAAUUAUGAGUAAAUUGAUUCGAUGUUUUUCGGUGUUGUAAAGAAUAUUUCACAGUGACAAUGUCUGUUUUGACAAAACUUAUAUAUUACUGGAUUAUUCGGGUUAGGUGAGUAUUUUUUAUUGUAGUAAUUUUGCUAAAAAUAUGUAAAUUAUCGGAAAAUAAUUUAACCCGGAAGUAGGAACAAAAUUAACUUCCUGGACAACGGUUUGUUGAUAGCAACAUACAGAAUGACAGCCAAGUUAUAUUCACAAACAAAAGAAGUGUAAUUCUCGUAAAAAAAUGCAAAAUGAGUCAACCAGAAAUACUUUCACAGUCUAGCACUAUUCCUUAUGAUUUUUGUGACCAACACGAUGCACAUUUUUUUGAUGAACUUAAUAUUGUCAGUAAUCUAUACCCAGAUUUUCCUAAUCCCACCAACGAUGAAACUUUUGAAGCUAGUUUUAUGAAUGUUGAUGAUGAAGUUAUCGAGCAUGAUUUUAGUGAUGAUAGUGAUGAUGAUGAUGAUAAUGAUGAUGAUAAUGAAAUAAAUGAUGAUUGUAUGGAAAAAAGCAAUGACAUAGAAGGGACUGUAUUUUUAGAAAAACGUUGUAUAGAUAUUGUAGAGGAGGAAAAAGUUGCUAAAUUUCAGACUGAAUCCUGUGGCUGUUAUGAAAUUUAUAAUGGUACUCCAUGCUCCCAAAAAGUAGACUUUAAUGAGGUCAUUCAAUAUCGUCAGAGAUGCUGUGAAAUGACUAGUGAUGAAAGAGAUAUUGUAGUAAAGUCGCAGCUGUUUUCUCAUAGAUGUAAAAGUGAGCUUACACGGGCUUGUGGUAAAAAAGCAAAAUGUCGAGAAAGGGCGUAUCAAGAAUAUUACUUCAUGGGUGGAAAGGUUUGCAGAGCGUUAUUUUGCUUUGCCCAUAAUGUGUCAAAAAAUACUUUGGGACGAAUUGUUAAGUCACUUGACGAAGAGGGAAUUGUUCCCCGUAUUCAUGGUAACAAAUCAAAACCAUCACCAAAUAGCUUGUCAUUUGAUCAGAGGAAUCAAAUCAAAAAAUUUAUAACAGAAUAUGCAACAGAAAAUGCUUUGCCAAUACCGGGCCGUCUUCCAAAUAUACCUCAAAAAACUGUAUUACUUUUGCCAUCAGAUAAAAAAGUCGCUGAUAUUCACAGUCUUUAUAAUGCUAGUGCCUCUGCAAGUGGAUAUCGAAGUGUUUGCUAUAAAACUUUCAUGAAUAUAUGGGAUGACCUUUGUCCCCACAUAACAAUUUCAAAGCCUGCCACAGAUUUAUGCCAAAGGUGCCAGACAUUUAGUUAUAAGCUAAGUCAGUCAGGAAAAUUUACUGAGUCUGAUAAACAGGAUUUACUAAAUGAUUAUGCUGGUCAUGUACAAAAAGCUCAAAGUCAGAGGGAUCACUAUCGUAAACAGACCUCAGACAGCAAGCAAAUUUAUCAUGAGUUAAAUCCAGCUGAAGGUUUGAUGUACUUAUUAAUGAAUACCAAAAUAUAUAUAUAACAAAUUUCUUAGCUAACACAAUCAACAAAAUUAGGAAAUUCAGGACUUUCAGGAAUUUUAAAUUUUCAUCCAUAUGUGUAUGAGUAUUUAAGUACUUCUGAUCAGUGUAUUUAUAAUUUUACAUACAAUUGAAAAUAAAUUUCUGGCUCCAUUGUUUUAGCUGGUUGUAUUUUUCAGAUGUUUAAAAUCAAGAAUAUAGAGAUGUUGUUAUUUCCAUAAAUUCUCAAAAAAAAACUCAAUAAAACUGAGUCUGCAAAUUAACACUUUCAA